AUGGCAGAAACCGGUGUCGCGCACAAGAUAAUCUCUGUUAUUCUCCGUCUUUGCGAGCUAUCCUCCGCCAUAAUUGUCUUGGGUAUCCUCUCGCGCUUCUGCUACCUCGCGGGCAUCGCUGAAGCACAUGUCGACGGACGCAUCAUCUACACCAUCGUCGUCGCAUGUCUCGGCAUCAUUUACUCCAUCUGUUUCUGCCCGCCUUUCAAGGCCAUGUUCUUGGGCUUUCCCUUUGACUUUGUCAUGUUUGUCAUGUGGCUCGUGGCAUACUGCUUGCUUCAGACGAGAACCGGUAGUCAUACCUGUUCUGCGAGUUGGUAUUACAACUAUUGGGGCUACUACUGGGGACGCUUCUGGCGAGUUGGACCUGUGGGGAACGUGAAUGUUGACACGGCGGGUUGCGCCUCGUGGAGGACAGCCCUUGCCUUUGCAUUCAUUGCGUGGUUUCUCCAUCUUCUGAGUGGCGUUCUUGGCAUAUACGUUUUCCGUACUUAUAUCAAGCUCGACGAGACAAAAGCCGAUAUGAAGCAACAUGCGGAAAAGCUUGCCAAGUAA